AACUUUUCCCCCAGGACGAAUGCCUCAAACUCUAUACCACGGACAAGUGGAGAGAGGUUCAGUGACCCGGAACUGGACAAGACGUCUCCAGGCCAAGAUGUCGCCGCAGGAACGUACCCGACUGGUGCCAGCCUUGCAAUCAUUACAAUUGGCCUGUUUCUCGCCGUUUUGUGCUUUGGACUUGAUCGCUCAAUCCUGGGAACCGCAAUUCCAGUCAUUACCUCGGAAUUUCAAUCUUUGCCCGACGUAGCGUGGUACGGCUCCGCCUACCUCUUCACAAUGUGUUCGUUCCAGCUCUUCGUCGGCAAACUGUACGCCGAGUUCAACGCCAAAUGGGUGUUCCUUGUCGCGCUCCUCAUCUUCGAGGUGGGGUCCGUGGUGUGCGCCGUGGCUCCGAGCUCCGUUGUUCUCAUCGUCGGCCGAGCCAUCUCCGGAGUGGGUGCCGCUGGACUCAUGUCCGGCGCUCUCAUUAUCUUAGCUAGAAGUGUGCCUCUCCACCGACGCCCGCAGUUCACAGCGGCAGUCGGCGCAGCAGGCGGGAUCUCGCAGUGCAUCGCGCCAACUCUCGGCGGCGUCUUUGUUGACAAGGCGACUUGGAGAUGGUGUUUCUGGAUCAACCUUCCCUUGGGCGGCGUUACCUUCCUCGUUAUCCUCUUCCUCCUGAAGCUCCCACCGCAAGAGAAGAAGCAGACGCACAGCCUGCGAGAGUUUGUUCAAAACUUUGACUUUUUGGGAACACUGUUGCUCAUUCCGUGGAUCAUCUGCCUCCUCCUCGCUCUGCAAUGGGGAGGGACCGAGUACCCCUGGAGCAACUGGCGCAUCAUUCUCUGCUGGUGCCUCUUUGCGGUCUGCUUCCUCUCAUGGGCGUUUGUGCAGUACCGCGAGGGCGACAAGGCUACAGUCCCGUUCCGCAUCCUCUUUCAAAGAUCCAUGGCCUGCGCUUGCUGGCUUAUGCUUCUCCUUUUCUCCCUUCUCUUUAUCGAAGUGUACUACAUCCCCAUCUGGUUGCAGGCAGUCAAGAACCACUCUGCUUACCAAAGCGGGAUCGACUUGCUGGCAUCUUCGGUGUCUUUAUCGGUGGCGACAAUCUUGUCGGGAUUCCUGACAAGUCGUAUCGGGUAUUAUGUUCCGCAACUCAUUGCGUCGUCUGUUAUCGCGUCUGUUGGGUCGGGGUUAAUCUACUCGUUCAACGAAAACACGAGCACAGGCCUUUGGUACUUUUAUACCUCGCACUCUGGUUUCAACAACUCUCGUUAUGCUAACAAAUGCUUCAGGAUCGCCUCACUCGUCCUAAUGGGAGUCGGCGUAGGUCUGGGCGGGCAACAGACGUUGAUAGCAGUUCAGACCGUAUUCGACGGUCGUGACGUAGCCUUGGCAACGUCCCUCCUGAUCUUCCUGCAAAGUCUCGGCGGCACUGUGUUUUUGGCCGUCGCUCAAAACAUUUUCCACUCGCGGCUCAUCGCCGAGCUGAACAGAAACGUCCCCAACGUGAACCCAGCCGUCGUCAUUGACGCGGGGGGGUCCGGACUGGUGGAGUCGAUGCGGAGCAUCUAUCCGGAUUCGGUCGACGGCAUCAUCGGAGCCUACAACAGGGCCCUCCAGAACGUGUUUCUGAUUGCCACCGUCCUCGGAUGUUUAACAGUGUUCGGGUGUGUCUUCAUCGAGUUGAAGAGCGUGAAGAAGAACAAGCCGGAGAAGAACGGCCAGGCUCGGGGUCAGACGGAAGGAAACGGCGAAGCGGAGAAAUAG